ACUUAACCCAUAAACCAACCCAAAGUCUGGUACGGAGUAGAAACUCUACUGAAAUUCUGAACCAAAACCCUUGUUCUACAUCUCAGUCCACCACCACAAAGGAGAGGGAAAAAUACCCAGAAAUGGCGAUGAUGGGAGCUCUCAAAAACGCUAUUCUAGCUCACAUUCGUGUCCCCGUUUCUCAAUUUUCCAUUUCCGUCGCUGGAUCCAACAAAUUGCAGACUUUCCCCAACUUGAUUAAUCGAGCAUUUUCAUCACACGACGACCAUCUCACCAAAGAUCAAGUCACUGAUAGAGUCCUCUCUGUCAUCAAAGAUUUCCCCAAAGUCGAUCCUUCCAAGGUCACACCUGAUGUACAUUUCCAGAAUGAUCUGGGUUUAGACAGCUUGGAUAGUGUAGAGCUUGUAAUGGCCCUAGAAGAGGAAUUCAAAUUGGAGAUUCCCGACUUGGAGGCAGAUAAGCUUGACUCCACUAAGCUUGCCAUCGAAUACAUUUACAACCACCCAAUGUCUAGCUGAACCAAGCAAUGAAAAUUCGUCAAUUUUGCUCUGUGCGAAACCAUGCAUUCGUCAACCCUUUUUUUGUUGCUUCAAUUGUUAACUGAAUAUCGGAAAAUGGUCCCUGUGGUUGGGCAAUAAUCUGUAAGAUAUUGAUAGACAGUACUUGAUUCGACCAUUUGACCUGUUGAAACAUUUUGAUAACACCAUGGUUGUUUAUCCAUGUCUGAAAUGUAAUAUGCUGUCUAUCAGACUUGAGAUCUAAAGUUGCCAUGAUAUACAUCCCUUCUUGGAAA